AUGCCAGACGGCCUCCCUCCAUUGGCUCUUUACCCAGAACCAAACCUGCAGGUCAGCCUGCCGCCUGCCGAGUGGGAAGCAUGUCUUGACUCAUGGCUGUUCAGUUUGGAAUUCCGCCUGCGGCUACAGGACAAGGACUUCUCCAGGUUCAGCUUCGCCCAGGACGCCAGUGGUGUGCCUUUUCUCGCGUCGUUCUUCAGUUGGACUCGAGCAGGUGGCACGGCGGCGGCACCGUCGUCGAGCUCGCAAAAAGAGAGAAUCUUGGUGAAGCGGGCGUAUUUGCUUCUGAGACGGCUUCUGCUGGUUACGCAUACGCCUUUUGACUACGACGCGGCGAAACUCGUUGACCUCCUGUGUCAGGCAAGUCUGCACUAUGCAGCCGUGCCGGACUGGAGAGCGACGCUGAAGACGCUUUGGAAGAGGGAUCAAUCCCAAUUGACGCACGCGGUGGAGGACUGGAAAAAAGCCGUCUCAGCAGAUCUCUCGAUACAGCCCGGCUCAGGGGCGCUUCUGACGAGACUUCGCGAAAUGAAUGCAUUUGUCAAAGUCUCCCCGGACGCAGGCCUCAUUCUUAUGACGGGCUCGGACUACCUCGAGACGCUGAUGGAGACCUACGGUCGGUUGCAGACGUCGCCUGACGCCGGCUUGUUCCAAAGACUACUGACCGAGCACAUGUUCUAUUCCCUGCGCAGCCUUAUGUCCGAUGGGUGUUCCCACGGAUCGCUCUUGUUAGAUCACCUCUACUUCAUGAAGUCCGAGGCCGAUCGGCUAAUGAAGGCAAAACCCAAUGAGCCGACGUUGUCCUCGAGCCUGGUUUGCAGUACGUCGUUUUUAAGACACCUCGCAUCAGACUCCUCUGUGACCUCCAGUCAGCGAGGUCAAGGAUUGCUGGAGUCACUCAGCACCUAUCGACAAAACACUAGGCAUUUACACCCUCCGGUCAGCCCAAAAAGACGGAAAUCUGCGAAAGGCAAAGGCAAGGCUAACGUGAAUGAAGAGAUGCACGUUCACAAGGCCUCGCAGAUAUCACAAGUGCAUGAGCUCUUUCCGGAUCUAUCAAACCAGUAUAUCCUCAAGCUGCUAGACCAUUUUCACGAUGACACUGAGGCUGUGGUUGCUGCACUCCUAGAGCCUGAUUCUCUCCCGUCUGACCUCCGAGAUCGAGGCGCUUUUGAAGGACCUGCGCUUGACAUUGCUGUACCAGCACAUGAUCUUGCGCCACAUUCGACACCACCUCUACUUCCAGAGAGGAAGAACAUAUUUGACGGAGAUGGCCUGGACAAGCUUCGGAUAUCUGCAGGUCGCCUGCACAGAGGACGGAAGGACGUGAGGAUCGACCACACCGAAACGGAACACGAGCAUGCACAACGGAAAGCGGCAAUCAUGUCGGCAUUGGCGGCGUUUGAUUCAGACGACGAUGAGCGGGACGACACUUACGAUAUUGCCGACGUGGGUGGAACUGUGGAUUCCACUCUAGACGCUGACACUAGGCCGCAACCGGAAAGAGGCCCUGAUCAGAAUCCUCACGAAGAGAGAUUGUUCCGAGCAUGGAAAGACAGCCAGGAGCUGUUCGCACGCGACAGUAAGACCCGGGCAUUGAAGGUUCGACAGGAUCUCAAACGGGAGACGGAAAUGAGUGAUGAACAACUUGAAGGAUGGGCCAUCAUGCUGAAGAAGGAUCCGAAACUGCAGGAUCGCCUAGAAAAGAAGUACUCGGGUACACAGAGCUUCAGAGGGAGCCAAGCCGCGCUUACUUCGACCCGAUGGCGGGGAGACAACACCCCUGAGGAUAGUGAAGGAGAGGCGGGCAGUGGCGGGCGACGGAUGGAGCAGGCACAGAUACGGGGGAGUCGCGUAUGGGGACGUGGCCGCGGUGGCGUUGGAAGUACGGCAGGCCCCAGCGGCGACGCAGCGACCCAGGCCGCCAGGAGGCGAAAGGAGCAAGGCAGAGGAAGGGGAGGAGCAAGUCACAAUAGACGUGAGGGGAGGGCCCGGAAGAUGGGCAGAGGCAUGGGAGGUGGGGGUGUGCAGCAGUAG